UCGAUAAAUAAUACAGAGUGCUCAACAGUACUCAUUUAUCGAUAAAUAGGGCGCUAUCAGAAUAAAUAUUUUGUGAGAAUUUGUUAAUACAUUCAAAAUAAUGUAUUUGAUUGCUUAUCAAUAAUGCGCCUGCUACGUUGCUACGCCACUAAAGCCGGACGUGAACACUAUGCCAGCAGCAGUGUUAAGAUUUAUCGCAAGCUUCCCAGCAAAAGCAAAAUAAAAACAAAACAUGCGCCAACGACGACGCCUACAGCGACGUCGACGCCAACGACUCUGUUACCGGCAACAGAGGAAUACGCUGAAAACUUGGUAAAGGUGCAGAUGAUAUCGCAGAAUUUACACAGGCAACUGUUUCCACAGGCCAUACGACAGAACUCCGAGCUGGAGAACGCAACCGCCAAGUUAUACAACGCCGAAUUAAAGCGACAUGGAAUCGACGUUGCGAGCACGUCGCGCAUUCCGGAUAUUAAUCUGAAACUACCGCCUUUGCGGGGUGAGAAUAUCGAGGAGCACUUCCAUGCCAUAGCCAAGGAGCAGGUGCAGCCCUACGAGGCGCUGCUGCAUCCAUUGGUAGCGUGCAGAGAGCUGCCGGCAAAACCCAAGCGUUGGUCUUUCUCUGCCGGCUGGACAGCCUACGAUCCUGAGGAUGGCUCUGCGACUUCUGUACCACAGCCGAUGGAGAAAGGCAUUGUCUUCGACGUUGAGGUGUGCGUACGCGAGGGCAGUGCUCCAGUACUGGCCACGGCAGUGAGCACCAAGCGCUGGUACUGUUGGGUUAGUCCGAAGUUGACAAAGCAUCGCUUAGAAGUGCCUCCCGUGGAGCCAGUCGAUGUUGACCAAAGCGAACGACCCCAUCACACUUUGGACGAACUCAUACCCCUGGGUCAAGGUGAAAGGGGACUGGUUGUGGGACACAAUGUUUCAUAUGACAGGGCGCGUUUGCGGGAGCAAUAUUUGAUUGAGGAUACGGGCACCCGCUUUCUGGACACAAUGUCGCUGCACACGUGCGUCAGUGGAGUCACUAGCUACCAGCGGGCAAUGUUAAAGUCCAAGAAGGAGCCUGCUGCUGAGGAUCUCGAUUGGUUAGAGCAGAGCUCACUAAAUAGUCUGGUCGAUGUGCAUCGCCUGUACUGUGGCGGUGAGGAUCUGUCCAAGGAGCCACGCAACAUCUUUGUCGAGGGCACACUGGAUCAGGUGCGACAGCACUUUCAGUUGCUGGUGAACUACUGUGCCAGCGAUGUUGAAGCCACUCAUCGCGUGCUCCGGGUGAUUUAUCCGAUGUAUGCCACACGCUUUCCACAUCCUGCCACCUUGGCGGGCAUGCUGGAAAUGGGCUCCGCCUAUUUACCUGUGAACUCCAACUGGGAGCGUUAUAUACGCGACGCGCAACUGACCUACGAGGAUGUCAGCAUCGAGGCCAAAUACCAUUUGGGCCGACGCGCAGAAGAAGCUUGUGCGUUGCUCCAUGAUGAUCAAUACCGCCAGCAUCUGUGGCUGUGGGACGAGGACUGGAGCGUACAGCAGCUCAAGUUAAAGCAGUCUCCCAAGCGCAAGCAACUACCAACUAUGGAGCUGCAACAACUAAAGCAACAACUUACCGCCGAACAGCGCCGACUGCAAACAAAGUUUCAACAUCUUUACGAUCAGGGAUCACUUCUGCCGGCACGACGACCACUGCUGCCUGGCUAUCCCCAAUGGUAUCGCAAGUUGUGCCGCAAGCCGCCGAUGGGAUUCAGCGAGGAUCAACAGCUGGAGGAGGAUGAGGAGCCGUGGACACCAGGCGCUAGUGAAAUAAGCACGGGCAUGCAGAUUGCGCCCAAGCUAUUAUCGCUCUGUUGGGAGGGUUAUCCUUUGCACUACAAGCGCGAACAUGGUUGGGGCUUCCUGGUGCCAUUCCGCAGUGAUGUGGAGAGUCACAAUAGCAACCUGCCCAUUGCGCAACUGCUCACACGCUGUGCGAUCCCAGAAUUCGCCCGCCAAUACGCAUCGGAAGAGGAGUGUAAUCUGGCAAUGGACAUGCUGCCCAACCAAAUCGAUGAGAAUCUGAGCAAACGGCAGUACUACAAAAAGAUCUCACAACGCCAAAAGCAGCUCGAGGAGCAGUACAAAGGCUCUGGUAUCUGGUGCAAUCAAGUGCUUGACGACUGUUGCUUUUUUCUGAAGUUACCACACAAGAAUGGACCCUCCUUUCGUGUGGGUAAUCCGCUGUCCAAGGAUUUCUUGAACAAGUUCUCUGACCAUGCACUGAGCAGUGGUGACCCGACUUGCCAAGCGGCGGCCCGAGUCAUCGAGAUUGCUCGGAUGAUGUCCUACUGGCGGAAUAAUCGGGACCGCAUUCUUAAUCAAAUGGUUGUGUGGCUGCAGGAAAAUGAACUGCCAACUGAGUUGGGAUCCCAUACACGGCACACAGUUUAUGGUGCCAUUUGUCCGCAAGUUGUCGUUGCCGGAACAUUAACGCGUCGUGCCAUGGAAUCCACUUGGAUGACAGCCUCUAACUCUCGUGCAGAUCGCAUUGGAUCUGAAUUGCGCGCCAUGGUGCAGGCGCCACCAGGAUACAAGUUGGUUGGUGCAGAUGUGGACUCGCAGGAGCUGUGGAUCGCCUCUGUUCUGGGCGAUGCCUAUGCCCAUGGCGUGCACGGCGCCACGCCCCUUGGCUGGAUGACAUUAAGCGGCAGCAAGUCCAACGGGAGCGACAUGCACUCCAUCACUGCCAAGGUGGUGGGUAUCUCACGUGAUCACGCUAAGGUGCUCAACUAUGCACGUAUCUAUGGAGCUGGACAGCAGUUUGCCGAAACUCUUCUGCAGCAAUUUAAUCCCACGCUCAGUGCAUCAGAGGCCAAGGCCAAGGCUAUGAAGAUGUUUGCGGCCACUAAGGGCAAGCGAGUCUAUCGCCUUCGCCAUGAGUUCCACGACGAGCUUGAGGACAGAGCCUAUAGCAGCUACGAAGCCAAUCGUCUAGCACUACAACGUCAACGUCCGAUUCUCGAGGUUUUUCAUCGUCCAAGUUGGCAGGGAGGCACGGAGAGCGCCAUGUUUAAUCGACUGGAGGAGAUUGCAACACGUGAGCAGCCGGAAACGCCAUUUCUCAGCUGCCGUUUGAGCCGUGCCCUGGAGUCGCAUGGAGGACACGAUCAGGAGCAACGGUUUCUGCCCACUCGGGUCAACUGGGUGGUGCAGAGUGGCGCUGUUGACUUUUUGCACUUGAUGUUGGUCAGCAUGCGUUGGCUAUUGGGACCACAUGCGCGCUUCUGUUUAAGUUUUCAUGAUGAGCUUCGUUAUCUGGUCAAGGAUGAACUGGCCCAUAAAGCAGCUUUGGCCAUGCACAUCACCAAUUUGCUAACACGCUCGUUUUGUGCCUCACGCAUUGGUCUGACAGAUCUGCCCAUGUCGGUGGCGUUCUUUUCCUCCGUCGAGGUGGACACGGUCCUACGCAAGGAGUGCACCAUGGAUUGCCAGACGCCCUCAAAUCCUCAUGGUCUUAAAGUUGGUUAUGGCAUUCCGCCUGGCCAAAGUUUAAGCAUACAGGAGGCCAUUGACAAAGCAGGAGGUCCUGAUGUCAGUCAAUGGGAGUGGCUCGAGCAGGAGAUAAGUUGAGAACUUGAGGCUCGGUUUCAUAUUUUUUUUGUAUGCUAAAAAUACGUUAUGGAGUGACAAGAAAUUGGCACAAAUAAGAAUUGAGAAUUGAAGUCAAUUAAAACGUUAUAGAAAUCAAAAGCUUUGUAGAUUGAUCGUUUGACGAACGGAAUUAAUAAAAAUAAUAAUCAAGUUGUGAACUCCA